CCGUGCGUCUCCUGCCUGUGCAUCCCUCCCGCUCGCGCUUCGUUCAGCGUGUGCGGCCCGGGCGCCGGCGAGCUUCUGCUGAGGCAAAGGGCACGCUGUACUUUGAAUUGCCCCGGGAACACGCCAGGAAAAACCCUGUUGGAGGCUGUUUCUGUGAAUUAAAGGAGAAGGAACAAGAGUGAGAAUGUCAGCCCUCAACUGGAAGCCCUUUGUGUACGGAGGGUUGGCCUCCAUCACAGCCGAAUGUGGUACAUUUCCAAUUGAUUUAACCAAGACCCGGCUCCAGAUUCAAGGCCAGACGAAUGAUGCAAACUUUAAAGAAAUUAGGUAUCGAGGAAUGUUGCAUGCAUUAGUGAGGAUAGGCAGAGAAGAAGGCCUGAAAGCGCUGUAUUCGGGGAUUGCCCCUGCGAUGUUACGCCAGGCUUCCUAUGGCACCAUCAAGAUAGGCACUUACCAGAGCUUGAAGCGAUUAUUUGUGGAACGCCCAGAAGAUGAAACCCUUCCAAUAAAUGUGGUCUGUGGAAUUCUCUCUGGAGUCAUAUCCUCAGCCAUUGCCAAUCCAACUGAUGUUUUGAAAAUAAGAAUGCAAGCACAGAGCAACGUCAUUCAAGGAGGAAUGAUAGGCAACUUCAUUAACAUUUAUCAGCAAGAGGGAACAAGAGGACUGUGGAAGGGCGUGUCCCUUACUGCUCAGAGGGCCGCUAUCGUUGUUGGUGUGGAGCUACCAGUCUACGACCUCACUAAGAAGCAUCUGAUUCUCUCAGGCCUGAUGGGAGACACUGUGUAUACUCACUUCCUUUCAAGCUUCGCCUGUGGUCUGGCUGGGGCACUGGCCUCCAACCCUGUGGAUGUUGUGAGAACACGUAUGAUGAAUCAGAGAGACCUUCGUGAUGGCAGAUGCUCUGGGUACACAGGUACCCUGGAUUGCUUGUUACAGACAUGGAAGAAAGAAGGAUUUUUUGCUCUAUAUAAAGGGUUUUGGCCAAAUUGGUUGAGACUUGGUCCUUGGAAUAUCAUUUUCUUUGUGACAUACGAGCAGUUGAAGAAAUUGGAUUUAUGACAAGUCAGGGCUGCAUGAGACAUGCCUCUGAAAAUGCUAACUUCCAAAACAGCAAAGCUUCCUGUGUUUCCCACUGCUUCUCACUGCUUCUCACUGCUUGACUCGUCAUGGAUUCUGGGGUGUGAGCAACAGAUGAAGACUGGGUUAGUUCAGACUGCUGUGUGUUGGCAUCCGGCAGUCUGCGUCAAACAUUUAAUGGCAUCAACCGUAACAUUCAGACACUAGUCCUUACCAUCAAAGUGCCCUUCAACGUCAAAGAUAAUGUGCAAUGCAUGUUUUUGUUAAAGAAAACUUGCAAGAAGAUCAGGAACUGUGAACUGUUUUCUUCA